GCUGGAGAGCCGCCAAAUUGGGCAUCUUUUUGCAGAACGCAGAGUGGAACAUAGCGAAGUGAAGCUGCCUAACGGGCCUCCACCACUCCUCAGGGACUGAUGAUGUGGCGACCGUCACUUCUACUGCUGCUGUUGCUGCUUAGGCGCGGAGCCGAGGGGAAGCCGUCUCCUGACGCUGGCCCUCAUGGCCAGGGGAGGGUGCACCAGGCGGCCCCCCUGAGCGAGGCCCCUCAUGAUGACGCUCACGGGAACUUCCAAUAUGACCACGAGGCUUUUCUGGGACGAGAAGUGGCCAAGGAAUUCGACCAACUCAGCCCAGAGGAAAGCCAAGCCCGUCUAGGGCGCAUCGUGGACCGCAUGGACCGCGCCGGGGAUGGGGACGGCUGGGUGUCGCUGACCGAGCUCCGCGCGUGGAUCGCGCACACGCAGCAGCGGCACAUAAGGGACUCAGUGAGCGCGGCCUGGAACACAUACGACACUGACCGUGACGGGCGUGUAGGUUGGGAGGAGCUGCGCAACGCCACCUACGGCCACUACGAGCCUGGUGAAGAAUUUCACGAUGUGGAGGAUGCAGAAACCUACAAGAAGAUGCUAGCUCGGGAUGAGCGGCGUUUCCGAGUGGCUGACCAGGAUGGGGACUCAGUGGCCACUCGGGAAGAACUGACGGCCUUCUUGCACCCUGAGGAGUUCCCUCACAUGCGGGACAUUGUGAUCGCUGAAACCCUGGAGGAUCUGGACAAGAACAAAGAUGGCUACGUGCAAGUGGAGGAAUACAUUGCGGAUCUGUACUCAGCCGAGCCCGGGGAGGAGGAGCCGGCCUGGGUGCAGACGGAGCGGGAGCAGUUUCGGGAUUUCCGUGAUCUGAACAAGGACGGGCGGCUGGAUGGGAGUGAGGUCGGCCACUGGGUGCUGCCCCCCGCCCAGGACCAGCCACUGGUAGAGGCCAACCACUUGCUGCACGAGAGCGACACGGACAAGGAUGGGCGUCUGAGCAAGGCCGAGAUCUUGGGCAAUUGGAACAUGUUCGUGGGCAGCCAGGCCACCAACUACGGCGAGGACCUGACACGUCACCACGAUGAGCUCUGAGCCCCAGCACGCCCAGUGCAGCCUCGUAGCCCCAUGGGCUAACCCAUGGAGGGGCCCCAGGGGCCAGGCCUUCUCCGGUCCAGCUCUGCAGGAUGUGGACACAGCCCCCAGCAUCCCCCUGCCCCUGGGAUCUCUUGGACCCACUGGGUCAGCUUCUCUCCCUGGGCCACCACAGCCCCGCCAAGGGUCUCACAGACCUGAAGGGUGAAGGACCACCCAUCUCUCACUGCCAGAGUCUCCCAGCUCAGACUAAGGCUCCCCACAUCAAGCUCAGCCUCCACUAACCCCCCAGAUCCAAAUCUGAGCCUCACACUACACAGAUGAGAAACACUCCCCCGGGUGCCUUGAACUGGCCGGGCCCCAAGCACUUGCCCAAAGGAUGCCUUCUCUCUGCCAAGAAGGCAAUAAAAUCUAGUGCUGGGCCUCA